AUGGCGGCAUCCAGCCCUUCCCCCACCUCCCUCCGUGAAGUCGAGCUCCGCCUCCUGCGCUGUACCUUCCCCACCGCAGCCUCCCGACCACCGCCUCAUUCACCUCCCCCAGUCCACCCUCUCGGCCCCGUCGUCGCCUCCGCCCUCGCCGCUGUCGAGCUCGGGGACUACGCGGCUGCGCUCGCCUCCGCCGUCCCGCACAUCCUCCGAGCCUCUGCCUCGACCGAGGCUGACGAUGACUCCCCUGCGCAGUUCUACGGCCACCUCGCUGCCGCUGCCGAGGUGUUCGUCCUGGGGGAUGACGGAGGAGGGGCGGCGGACGAGGGGUUCGAGUGCAGGUGCGCGCUUGUUCUCUCCGCAGCGGUGGCGGCGCUGCUCGCAUUCACGCAGCAGAACGUGACAGGGCCUCCAAGAAAAUAUUCACCCUUUCCUUUCUUUAGUACUUCAUCAUUCGAUGACGGGUUGUAUAGUGAUGCUGGAGGCAAGCAGGAUCAAUGGGCUUCCAUUGAUUCACAUGUUCAUGGGAAAUUCGUUCCUUUUUGGACUUCAUCAUUGGAUGAAAGGUGGUAUAGUGAUCCUGGAGGCAAAUGGGAGGCAUGGGCUUCUCAUCAUUUAGCUUCUUUUGGUUCCCAUGUUCAUGGGAAAUUCUUGCUCUUGCAGUUCAUUGUCUUUGCGGAACUUCUGUUGACAAGCAUAAAGAGCCUAGACUCUGACCUUUGCAGUGUAUCAUGGUGGCUGUGCAGAUUAUCCAUGUCCCAGCAGAAUAUUUUAGAUGAGCUAUCAUCCUCUUUGUUUGAUCAAGUACAGAGUAUAAAUAAGUAUGGUCGAGUUGAUGCUUCAAGGUUGCAUCUGGAUAGUGCUCAAGAGGUAUGUGGGAUUCAUCUUUCCCUCACAGGGAUUCUUGGUUUUCGAACAAUACACCAGGUGGACGCGAAGUCCCAAAUGGUACUUAUUACAAAGACCACUAAACGAGCAGCUGAUGAGGGGCAAUCAACAGAACAAACAGGAGCUCCGGAUGAUGUUGUGGCUUUGUCAAAGACGAGGAGCUAUGUUCCUGGUGAAAGUGUCUGUGAUAUACUAAGAACGCCUUUGCUAGCAGAAAAUGUGAAUUACUCGAAUAGUGGAAGCACACAUAUAUCACUAACUCCGGUCCAGCAAGCUGCUGUACUUGCACAAUGUUUACAUUUUUUCAGGCACAUGAUUAGAGGGAAGAGUCAAGCGUCAGUCCAGUCAUUCAGGGAAGCUGUUAAGUUCAAGAGGAAUAGUUGGCAAGUUUGGGAAAAUUACAGUAAGGUUGCUUUGGACACAGGCAAUAUUCGACUGGUAAGAAGUAUAUUGAUGUGGAGUACUUUUCAGCUGAUCACACACAUCAGCACAAUCCCCUUUACGGGAUCUGAUCCUGACUUUAUACUCGUUAAUUAUCUUUUGUUUUUGUUGAAGACACUUGAAGCUAUCAAAAUGGUAUUAAAUUUGUCCGUCAACAAGUGCUUCAAUGUUGAUUUACUGGACAAGGUGAUGACCACCCUUGAAGAACAAGCUACUCAUCUUAAUGACACUCAAGAAGCUAAAUCCAUAGGCAACACUUCAGAUGAUUCAAAUAAAGAGACCAGGCAAUCAAGUCAAUUAUUAGAUAUAAUUGGUGAUAUCCUUGAGCAGGUUCAUAAGCUUUUACUUGGCUUUCAUCUUUAUUCCCGCAUUGACCUGCAGUUUAUCUGA